AUGGUACCUCGACCGCGUCUCCCCCCGCUGUCCUCCCUCAACCGAGGUUGGCAGUGUGCAGCUCCAGCUCCAGCUCCACCGCCCAAGCUCGCCCGCCCAAUAUCAGCGACGUCCACAGCCCCCACCGAUACGAUACCCGAACCCCCUCCCCAGCGAUGGCUCUCCGACCUCCAGUCCCGCCUGGGGAAGUGCAUAAUGUUCGGCUGCUCGCCGGCGCAGGUCGCCCAAGCAAGCAAGGUGCUACACGCGCUGGCGACGGAGUGGAGGCCGCUGAGCGCCGGCAGCGAGGGCUUCCUGUCGGGCGGGCGGCGCGGGCUCGAGGGCCAGCAGGUCGUCUGGGGCGAGCAGGACAGCUUCCAGCACGUCAACAACACGCGCUACGUCCGCUGGGCCGAGUCGGCCCGCGUCAACUGGAUGACCAACUUCGCCAACCACGUCGACCCCGCCCACAGGAGGGAGUGGGCCGAGCUCAUGACCCCGCGCUCCGUCGGCCUGAUCCUCAAGAGCAUCAAGGUUGACUUCAAGUUCCCCAUGACCUACCCGGACAAGGUCUCGGUCUACCACAGGCUGCGAUACCCGCCGUCCGCGCAGCCCUCGCCCUCGUCGCUUAUCCUGGACGCCGUGGUGUUCUCCCACAGGCACCGCCGCGUCUCCGCCAGGGUUGAGGAGGACAUUGUUAUCUAUGACUACAGGGCGGCCAGGAAGACGGAGAUGCUGCCCUUCAUGCGGGAUGUUCUGGAAGAUACCUUCGCGCAGCAGGAGGCGGAGAGGGUGCGCGCCAGGACGCGGAUAUGGGAUUUGAUAGGGGAUGUUGAGAGGCUGGAGAAUGAGACGUGGAACCGGCCUGAUGCGGUCGAGGAUAUGGGAGGUGCCGCGAAGACCAAGUGA